AGGCUGCAUGACGUCCUCCACAGUGACAAGAAGCUCACACUGGUCUUUGAGUUCUGCGACCAGGACCUGAAGAAAUACUUCGACAGCUGCAAUGGGGACCUGGACCCCGAAAUUGUCAAGUCCUUCAUGUACCAACUGCUCAAGGGCCUGGCCUUCUGCCACAGCCGCAACGUCCUGCACCGGGACCUCAAGCCCCAGAACCUGCUCAUCAAUCGGAAUGGGGAGCUGAAGCUGGCGGACUUUGGCCUGGCCAGAGCCUUUGGCAUCCCCGUCCGGUGCUACUCGGCCGAGGUGGUGACCCUCUGGUACCGCCCGCCGGACGUCCUCUUUGGGGCCAAGCUCUACUCCACCUCCAUAGACAUGUGGUCAGCUGGAUGCAUCUUCGCAGAGCUGGCGAAUGCAGGGCGGCCCCUCUUUCCAGGCAACGAUGUGGAUGACCAGCUGAAGCGCAUCUUCCGGCUGCUGGGGACCCCGACUGAGGAGCAGUGGCCAGGAAUGACCAAACUCCCCGAUUACAAGCCGUACCCCAUGUACCCAGCAACAACGUCCCUGGUCAACGUGGUGCCCAAGCUGAACACCACCGGACGGGACCUCCUUCAGAACCUGCUGAAGUGCAACCCAGUGCACCGGAUCUCGGCGGAGGACGCCCUGCAGCACCCCUAUUUCACGGACUUCUGCCCCCCCUGAGCACACCCUCUCCCCACUAUUGAAGCCCCUUUUGGAUGCAGCGGAGGGGGAGGCUGCUGGUGCGGCCCCUCCCUCCUCUCGGGACCCACUGCACCCCUUUUCUCUCCUCCAGGAAGCGGGAGGGUUUGGGGUGAUGAUGUUGUCCUGCCUCUGAUGUGAAUAUUUGUGACUCCCAUAAAGCACUUCUCCCCCCCUC